AUGCAUAUUGAGAAGAUGAUGAAAACAUUGGAAAUGAGUAUGUUGACAUACGCUUACCUUCAGCCUUGCUUCCCUUGCAACCGCAACCCGACUCUCUCCGCGUCCUGCAGAACCCAAAAUACCGCCACUGCACGGGCAACCACGAAAACAGAGAAGGCCCUGUUCACUGAGUCAUUCGAUCAAACACGUGGUGGGCAACCUCUUUCCGAAAAGAAGAACAGGGUGUUUUUUUUGGACGUUAACCCGCUCUGUUACGAAGGAAGCAAGCCCAGCUUGCACUCCUUCGGGCGGUGGCUCUCCCUGUUUCUUUCUCAAGUCAGCCUCACUGACCCCGUCAUUGCUGUAAUCUCUCUAACUCCACUUGUUUUCAUUGAAAUGAUUGAGCAGGUUAUUGAUGGAGAAAGGGGCAGUGAGCAUCGCAGAAAAUUGCUACCUUCAUAUAAAGCACAUAGGAAAAAGUUCAUGAGACACAUGUCAUCUUUGCAAACAUUUUCAAGUGGCCAUGUUGGGAGGUCCCAUCAAGUUAUAAAUGAUGUUCUUGGAAAAUGCAACGUGCCAUGCCGAGAUGAAACCAUGCAGGUUAUAAAAGUUGAUGGUCAUGAAGCUGAUGAUGUUGUAGCUACUUUAGCUGGACAAGUUCUCAAUAAAGGCUUUCGAGUGGUUAUUGCCUCCCCUGAUAAGGAUUUUAAGCAACUUAUAUCUGAAGAUGUGCAAAUAGUUAUGCCUUUGCCAGAGUUACAAAGGUGGUCCUUCUACACCCUGAGGCACUACAGGGAUCAGUAUAAUUGUGACCCAGAAUCUGAUCUGAGCUUUAGAUGUAUUGUAGGUGACGACGUUGAUGGCGUUCCUGGUAUUCAACAUCUGGUCCCUAGUUUUGGUCGGAAGACUGCUCUGAAACUUAUUAAAAAACAUGGUUCCUUGGAAACCUUAUUAAGUGCGGCUGCAAUAAGGACUGUCGGCAGACCAUAUGCACAGGAUGCCCUUAAAAACCAUGCUGAUUACCUACGGAGAAACUAUGAAGUUCUUGCCUUGAAAAGGGAUGUAAAUGUCCAACUUUAUGAAGAGUGGUUGGUUAAGAGAGACAAUCAAAAUGAUAAAAGUGCAUUAUCUUCCUUCUUCAAAUAUUUGGAAGAAAUUAAGGAGCUCACUUACAAUGGCAAGCCUAUCCUUUGCAAUGGUUGA